ACGGCGGGAGCGCGAUGGCGGCCGCCAGGAGGCUCAUGGCGCUGGCGGCCGGCGUCUCUCCGCGCCUGCGACCGCCGGAUCCCCGCGCUGCCGGGCGACAGGAACGCACGCGCGGCCUCUCGUCAGGUCUCGCUUGUCCCGACGGCACCAAGGAGGCCGCCGAGGCCGAGCCCGGGGCGGCCCCGGGCGAGUCCGGGGCAGGUGGCGGAAACAUGGUGAACGGUGAGGGCACCGGCGGGGUGAGCGGCCGCGUCGCCCUUGACUUCUGGGGUGGCAACAGGGGCGCGGGCGGGGCGCUCGACCGAUAGUGGUCGCGACGACCGGCCGCUAUCUGGCCACGGCCUGCUGUUGUAGAGCCCAGCGUGGCGCAGGCCCAGAUGAACCCCAGAGCGCCUGCACCUGUCUGCGAUACGUGAGAGGUGCGGGACCUUCAGGGAGUGGG